AUGACACCAUUGUGUUGGUAUGGGUCAGGGGAGAGUGCUCUGUUAGGACCAGAAAUUGUGCAAGAGACUACGGAAAAGGUUAAGAUGUUUCAGGAAAAGAUGAAAGAGUCUCAAAGUAAGAAGAAGAGUUAUCAUUAUAAGAGGAGAAAAGAUAUUCAGUUUCAAGUUGGUGAUCAUGUAUUUUUUAGAGUGAAUCAUGUAACCGAUGUUGGACGUGCUUUGAAGUGUCGAAAGUUGACACCUUGUUUUGUUGGACUGUUUGAGAUUAUUGCGUUACCGUCGUCGUUGUCUAAUCUUCAUGAUGUGUUUCAUGUAUCUCAGUUGAGGAAGUAUGUGCACAGCCCGUCUCAUAUGAUUCAAUUGGAUGAAUUGGAAGUAAGGGAUAAUUUGACUAUUGAAACUUGGCUAGUUAAGAUUGAAGAUCGGGAAGUUAAGCACUUAAGAGGAAAAAAGAUGUAUUGA